AUGGGGUUUGGAUGCAGGUGGAGGACAUGGGUUAUGGAGUGUGUAACCACAGCUUCUAUGUCAGUCUUGAUAAAUGGCUCGCCGUUUAUACCAUUCAAAAUGGGAAGGGGUUUGAGACAAGGAGACCCCCUCUUUCCUUUCUUGUUUGUGCUGGUUGUGGAUGUCCUGCAUAGGAUGGUUGGGGAGGUAGUCAGGAACAGGCGUAUCUCUCCAUUGAUGGUUGGUAGAGACAGGGUGGAGCUUUCACACCUUCAGUUUGCGGAUGACACUAUCCUGUUUUGCCCGCCGGAAGAUGAGACCAUGAAGAACUACAAGCGGCUGCUACGAUGGUUUGAGUUGAUGUCCGGGCUCAGUAUUAAUUUUGAUAAGUCCAGUCUGACUCCAAUCAAUUGUGAUGAGCAAUGGGUUCAACGUAUGUGUAGCUUGUGGGGUUGUAAGUCAGGUACUCUCCCAGUUAGAUACCUUGGGGUCCCCUUAGGAGCAAACCCAAGGCUAGUAAAGACUUGGAAGCCUAUAAUCGACAAGGUAGAGGAGAAACUAAGCCUUUGGAAAGCUAAGGUGCUUAACAAAGCUGAGAAGUUGGUGCUUAUCAAAUCAGUUCUAAAUAGCCUGCCGGUGUAUUAUCUGAGCUUGUAUAAGAUGCCGAAGGCUGUUGCUGAGAAGUUGAUUUCCUUACAGAGAAGAUUCCUAUGGAGCAAGGAGGAUGGGAGGAAUGGGAUGGCUCUGGUAAGAUGGGAAUUGGUGCAGGCUCCAAAGAGGCUAGGAGGGUUGGGAGUUGGAGACGCUAUGCUUCGGAACACCGCCCUGUUGUUUAAGUGGUGGUGGCAAUUCGCGAAGGAAGAGUGCCCACUGUGA